AUGGUAGAUCAUAACCAGAAAUUAUUACAGGAGUUGCAAAAGAAAAGUGGCAAUAAUGUUUGUGCCGAUUGUGGAAGUUCGGAACCGGACUGGGCGUCAUACAAUCUCGGCAUAUUUAUCUGCAUGCGGUGUGCGAGCAUUCACCGCGGCAUGGGAGCACACAUAAGCAAAGUGAAACACCUAAAACUUGAUCGCUGGGAGGACUCGCAGGUGCAAAGAAUGAAGGAGGUGGGCAACAACGCAGCCAAGAACAAAUACGAAGAAAGAGUCCCGCCAUGUUACAGAAGACCUAAUAAAAAUGAUCCACAAGUCCUCAUUGAACAGUGGAUCCGUGCGAAAUAUGAACGUGAAGAAUUUUGCCAUCCAGAGCGGCAAAGCUAUCUCUCAGGAACUAUGGAAGGGUUCCUGAUGAAGCGAGGCAAAGAAGAUAGCCGAUAUCAAUUGAGAAAGUUCAUCUUAAGUGAGAACGAGGACACGCUUAAGUAUCAUCCCGCUACUGACGGCUGUGGCCGUACAACUGGUUGUCUCGAUCGGUUGAUCGGUCGCCUCCGCGUCAAAAACUUUGGUCCCUUGAGAUACCACGUGAGAGAGCAUAAAGAACCUAAGGGUGUACUCAAGCUGUCCGAGCUGAACGUUGCGUUCGCGCCUGCCAAGAUUGGACACAUGAACUCCAUGCAACUGACCUUCAUGAAAGACGGUUCCACCAGGCAUAUCUACGUAUACCACGAGGAUCCCGAAGUUAUUAGUAACUGGUAUACUGCAAUCCGUUGCGCCCAGCUCCACUUACUCCAGGUUGCAUUUCCUUCCACACCACAAUCGGACCUCGUUCUCCGUCUUCCUAAAGACUUCACUCGUGAAGGCUGGCUCUGGAAGACAGGACCGAGACCUUCAGAUGCCCAUCGACGUAGAUGGUUCACGUUGGAUAACAGGAAGCUGAUGUAUCAUGAUGAGCCUUUGGAUGCGUAUCCUAAAGGAGAAAUCUUUGUUGGGCACGAAUCGAACGGGUACUGCAUCAAAGUAUCGAACACAGGCAACGGUUGUAAAGACGCUCGGUUCCCCUUCCAGUUAGUGACUCCUGACAGGACGUACUGCUUCGCAGCCACCACACACGAAGAUCGUGACGGAUGGCUCGCGGUCUUACAGCAGACGAUCAAGAGACCGCUCACACCUCAAGACUCUACCAUCGAAGCAACACUUGUUCGCAAACGGACAGCAUCAAACUCAAUCAGCAUAUUCUCCGGAAGGUAG